UCGUCACUCGUUAGUCAAAUAAGCACAAGCAUGAUGCAGCGACCUAUAUAUUCUCCCCAGACAAGUAGAGCUGUCAUCUUGUGAUCACUUGCUCGCUAGGAGAGUAGAGUACACGGUCACUUCUGCGUCGCCUGCAGUUAACACUGGUUCCACCAUCACCCAUGGCUGCCAGCCCCACCAUCACUUCCGGCCCUGUUCCGUUCACAGACGUCGACGACGGUACGGUGCUGAAGCGCCCAGCCAAGGAAGAGUUUGGGGACCUCGUCGCGGCGCUGCCGCGCAAGCAACAAGCCACCCUGGAGCUGCGCCUGUACCAGGGCUUCUGGCUGCCGGAUCACUGGGUCGCGGGCACCGUCGUCUUUCAGCGCCGCUUCGCCCCACGCAGCGACGACGUGAUCCUCGCCAGCUACCCCAAGUGCGGCACCACGUGGCUCAAGGCGCUGGCCUUCGCCACCAUGACGCGCGACGCGUACCCCGAGCUAGCCCAGCACCCGCUCCUCCGCCUCAACCCGCACGACUGCAUCCCGUUCCUCGACGAGAUCUUCGCCGACGGGCAGGAGGCCAAGCUCGAGAAGCUCCCGUCCCCGCGCCUUAUGAACACGCACUUGCCGUACACCCUGCUCCCCGAGUCGGUCACCGCCGGCGACGUCAAGGUCGCCUACAUCUGCAGGGACCCCAAGGACAUGGUCGUCUCGCUGUGGCACUUCCUCCAGCGACGACAACCCGGCCUGUCGUUCGUCGAGCUGUUUGAGCACGUCUGCGACGGCGACGUGCUCUUCGGCCCGACCUGGGACCACGUCCUCAGCUACUGGCACGCGAGCCUCGUGCGUCCAGAUAGAGUGCUCUUCCUCAGGUACGAGGACCUGCUGCAGGACACGGGCAAGCACGUAAGGAGGCUCGCGGAGUUCAUGGGCCGGCCGUUCUCGGCCGCGGAGGAGAGCGCCGGUGCCGUGGAGGGCAUCGUGGAGCUGUGCAGCUUCGAAAAGAUGAAGGGGCUGGAGGUGAACAAGAAAGGCUCGUCGGGCGCGUACCAUGCUAUGCCCCGUGACGCCUUCUUCAGGAAAGGGAUCGCCGGAGACUGGGUGAACCACAUGACGCCAGAUAUGGCGACGCGGCUGGAUGAGAUUGUCCGUGAGAAGUUUCGUGGCACAGGGCUUGAGGCUCUGUGAUUUAGACUGUUGGAUUUGUUUGUGAAUUAGGCCUAGUUUGGCAACAAAGUUUUCCUAAAACUGAAGUAUUACAAAACCAAAGUAUUAAAAUACCGUGCAAGGAGAUACUUCAUUUUCUUGAAACAAUAGUUUUUCUCAGUUUUUGACAAAACUGAGAUGCGUUUGGCAACUUCAGUUUUACCGUAGUUUUGAAGCUUUAGUAAUCAAUUUUAGUGAAGGAUAGAACUUUA